AACGCAAACAACAAAACAAGUUAAUUAAUCAGACUGUUAAGACGUUUUCCUUUUCUCAUUAAAUCUCGUUCGCGAAAUCGAUAUAAUCUUUUAAAUUCAAAUGAUUCUCACGGAUUCGAACGUAUUGCGCGUGGGACGUCGCGACGUUUCAAGUCGAUGGCGAACGCCGUCGUAGUCGUCGUCGUCGUCUAGAAAAUGAUAUUCCGUCAAAUCCGAUCGCAAAUAUAUUUGUGAAGUCAACGUUAUGACUUCUCUUCAUGCUAUCACCACCUAUUCACUACUGUUAUUGAAUUAACAAUGAGCGGAGUGCAGUUCAGAGAAAUCCACAAAAACUCGUGGUUGAGAAAACUACCAGCUGGAAUUGACAAGAAGUCUGCUCUGAAACUCACUGGUGGACAAAAACUAUGGACUGUUUUUUGUAUACACGAUGACACAGAACCAGUGUUGGAAUUUUAUGCAGACCAAAAAAAAGCAGCUGCACAUCGCCCAGACAAUACCGUACCACUAUCAGAUACCGUCCAUGUUUCUGCUACUAUAUGUCCAUUACCAGUGAUGGCGGGUGAUCAUCAACAACAGUACCAGUAUGAAUUUGUAAUAACCCUCACUUCAGAUGUAGUACGUUUAGCUGCUCCUUCAUGGAAUCAGAUGAUGGAUUGGGUUCAAGGUUUGGAUAUGAAAUUGCGUGAAAUGCAUAUAUUGUCACCAAAAGAAAAUGUCUAUACCAAACCACCAGAGUCUAGACCCCCUCUAUUACCGACUAGAGAUCCUAACUCUCCACUGCCUCCUCCACCAUUACGUGAUUUGUCAACAAAUGUUUUACCCGGCGUUGAACCAGUUGUCUCAGUAGUUCAAUCAAUAGGUACAGAGGAUGGUCUUUCUUCAGAAAUUGAACAAACUUUUUUAACUCCACCUAUUAGCCCUAAUCCAAUAAGUCCUAGUGAACCAGUGAAUAAUGUUACCAUUGUAGAAGUAAUAAAUCAUAAUCAAGUAUUCAAUUUUAAUCAAAUGGAACAAGUUUUAAACCAAACAAAUGAGCAACCAUCUCAAACAUCAUCUGAACCAUUAAUAAAUUCUCCUAGGCCUAGUAGAUCAUCAAGUUCUACAUCUGAAAAUGUUGCUGCUUCUCCAAGACAGUCUAGUAGACACCAUCAAGUUCGGAAUGCGGCGAUUUUAGAAGAAUCUGUUAGUGGUGCUAGGUCUAGCAGUCAUUCAGAAUUUAGUGAUAGAACAACACAUGUUGAUGAUAUGCCACAAAGAUCUACCAGUGAAGUGCCAAAUGAAGGUCAACGAAUUAAAGUCAGAACUGCUGAACUAGAAGAUGGUUGGCAUAGAAGAAGGCCAAAGAGACAAGAUGUUAUACCUCCGACAACUGAUCAAGAAGUAACUAGUAAUUAUGAGCAUUUAAUAUUACCUACCGCUAUGCAGUCUAGACCACCACCGGCUUUAUCCAAUUCAAUACCUGCAGAUAUUGCGAUAUUACCAACAAGAUCUCAACUACCAAUUGGUCGAGGUCGUGGCGCUCGUCGAAAAGUUAAUGGCGACAGUUCACAUCCUGCAUUAGGAGCUGAUAGAAUCCGUGUAGCAGUAAAUAGUAGCACACACAAUAUGUUACAGCCAGUUCCAACACCAUUUACCCCCACAGAAAACAGAGAUUUAUUCAGUCCUAGUCGAUUAACUGUUCGUGAAAAGCAAGUCCUACAACUACGAAAAGAAAUGUCCCAUCUUGCUGGCGUACGAUUACAAUUGAGACGUAAAGAUUGUAUUAAUACUAUUGCUUUGGUUGAUGUCUUUCAAACUGUUUGGAUUGCUGGAUGGAAACAAAAAGAACAUCCAAUGUUGCAUAAUGCUUUACAUUUAGGCGAUCAAUUGUUGAGUGUCGCUGGAAAACCUGUAUCAUGUUCAACAGAUGCUCAUAAAUUAAUACGAGCAUGGCCAAGUCUUUAUGUUGAAUUAAUUAUUAGGCGUGUUCCUUGUGGACGAGUAUUUGUAGUACGUCGACAAGAGCAAGGCCAAGACCUUGGAAUCAUUCAAGAAGGGGGUACAGCUGAAAUUAAAGAUAUACUGCCGAAUAGCUUAGCUGCUGCUCAUGGCUUAUCAUCUCGCACUCCUACUUUAGAUGGAUUGUCAUUUACUUCUUGGACACUAACAGAGAUAAAUUCUCGGCCAUUAAACUUGUUGUUUAAAGAAACUGAAGUUAGAGACCGUCUGAAUGCAGUCGGAUUAGACAUAUCAUUAUUAGUGCAACCAACUGAUCUUAUAUCAGCACUACGCAAACAGCUUAAGUCGUUAAAAUCAUUCAAAGACUUCUUGUUGAUAUAAAGUUUACUACAAUUACUGGAGAAGGUCACGAAUGCAGGGUCCAUACAGAACAAAUAUUUAUUAGAUAUAAUAUUAAAUAAGAAAUAUCAAACCAUAUUUUACUAUUCAGACUAAAAGUAAAUAUAUUUUUAUUACCUAUGAUUUACCAGCCUAAAUGAAAAAUGGGCUUAAGAAUUUUCACAUCAGUAUUUUUUUUAUAAUAUUUAAACUUUAAAGUUAUUGUUUUCUGUGAUAAUUUUGACAAAAAAUAUUGAUCAAAGUAUUGGGAAUAUAUAUUAAUUAUAGUUUUCUAAUUUUAAAUGUCAGUUGGCCUAUGCUAACAUAAACAGUUCUAAUUAAAAACUGAAUCAUUACUUUAUUAAAUAUUGUGUUAUAUAUUUUAAGUCAAUAUUGUAGAUUAUACUGCGUCAUGAAUGUGCAAUAUUAUUAUAUUUUGUUGUGUUUUUGUUAGUAAUGUGUUUAGAAAUUAAAUUGUAAUUAUUUUUAUUGUAAUAAAUGAUUUGUCAUACCAGUGGCGUAUACAGGAUUUUCAUAAAAUUGAUUUAAAAAUAAAAAACAUUUCAAAUCAGUGAAUUUUUAUACUAAUGUAGGUAAUUUGUAAAUCACAAUAAAAGUUCUUGUUUUUUUAGUUUUUUCCCCUCCAAUUCAAUAGUAACAAUUACGUUUGUAUGAUACAAAAUAAAUACAAUUUUUGUAACUCAAAAACGGCAAUCUAGGUUUUCAAAGGUUUGUGACCAUCUAAAACCCACAUUAAGUGUACGCCACUAUAUUAUCAUACAGUGUUCAACAAAGCCAUGUAGUAGUGCCAAAAGGACGAAAAUGUAGAGUCAAAUACUCCUUGCAUAUUCUAUGUAUUCAAAAUGAUAAUUUUUUAAAUAAUUAUGUGUUGAAAAAUGUUUUUUUGUAAAAAAUGGCUUUUGCAAGUUAUCUACUAGUUUUUCAAUGCAAUCUUGCGAUUGACUACAGUUAUCACUUAUUACAAUAUGAUCCUUUAAAGGCAUUUUUUUAAUAUUAAAGAAAAAUGUUAAUAUUCUAACUAUAUAUUUUUUUAAGGGCUGAAAUAAUAUUCAGUUAGGCCUUAGGCAUUUAAUCAUAUUUUCAACUUAUUUUUAUUAUUUAUUUUAUAGAAUUAGGGUAUCAUAAUUAAAUAUUAAUGACUUAUUAAAAAUUUAAUUUUAGUUCAUGUGGUGAUUUGUUGAUGAACAUCUUACAUCAACCAUUUAUAUUUUACUGUUUUAUGGCACAUGUAAGUACUAUUAAAAUAUUGGACUUAAGUGGACGCUACACCUGCAUGUGUUGUCUCCGUCUUACAAAUGUACAACAUUGCAACAACUGUUUUGAGCGGGAUCGAACCACUCAGGCUGUAUAGUGAUAUUUAAGAAUCCAAAUUGAUAUACAAUAUAAUUCCGAACAUUAUCUGUGAUAUAUCGUUUUUAUUUAUAUGAUAUAACUUGUACGAAAAAAGUCUUAUCGUUUCAAAAUCCAUUAUUUUCUGUGUUUUUCAAAUAACUUUUUUGAAGUUCCGAUAUCGAAAAAUAAAACCAAUAUUUCAUAGCUAAAGUUCUCCUUUUCAUGUGGUGAAAAUUUUGUUUCUUAGUAAUUACUGUAGCCUCGGUUUUUUCCCGCGCCAAAACAAUUUUUGCUAUGUUUUACAUUUGUAAGACGGAGACAACACAUACGGGUGCAGCGUCUUCUUAAGUUCGUUUUAAAAUAAAAAAUAUAAUUUAAAUUCAUACCUACAUUUUUAUUUUUAUUUUAAACCCAAAAUCCAAAAGUCCAAUAGAAUAAUAUGAAUAAGAAUAAUUAUGAUUAGUAUUUAGUAAGUUGUAAGUUUGAUAGCUGAUACAUUUUUUGUCAAAAAUAUUAAAUAGUAUAUACAAAAAAAAUGUACACCAUUAAAAGAAAAAAAAAACACUAAAUGUAAAUGUAUACCUGUAAAUGUAUGGUAAUACCUAUUAUACAUUUUAUACUUUAUAGGAAAUCACUUUUUUAGAUUUAUAUUAUUGGAUAAACAAUGUACUAAUAAUUUAUUUACUAAAUGAUAUUUUUACAUACAUUUGUUAUAUUAUUACUUAUACAUGGCGUCCAUAAAAAUAAAAUAUUCACAAAACCAAA